AUGACUGAUCGAAGAAAUUCCAUGUACUCCCCUCAAGGCAACUCAUACUCUCCUGCGCAGUGGAGUCCCGUUGAUCAGGCAUACGCCUCCUCAUCGACCCAUUACACGGCAGCAUACCAUGAUCACAACUCCCCGUCACACCACCGUGCUCCUCAAGCUGACGCUUCGGGGUCGCCAGCCUACCAAGGAGUUUACUACCCAACAUCGUCCUCCUAUACGCAUUCCGGAAAUGCCGUCCAGCAACCCUAUCCAUCUAUCAGCCCAACCUUGUCUCCAGUAUCCUCCUCUCAGCGGCAAUCCCACUCGCGAACACAAUCCUCUCAGUCCUACGCGCAGGCACAGGCUCCGUACGGACACGUUCAACCGGUAGCACAUACACAUAACCGUCCACGAUCGCACUCACAAGCGCACCCAUACAUGCCGUCGUCCUCCCCAGUGAUAGAUUCUUCUUAUCCUGCUCAAUAUCCGCAACAAGUUCCGCUGUCACCGGCGUAUAACAUCUCCCCUCAAUUUCCUGCUUCACCUGCUCGCCCUUUCUCCUGCGACAUGUGCGCGCUGUCAUUCAACAGACAACAUGACCUGAAGCGACAUCGGGAAACUCACACAGGCGAAAAGCCCUUUCUCUGUAAUGGAGGAUGCGGGAAGACUUUUACCCGUAAAGAUGCCUUAAAACGCCAUCAACUAGUCAAAGGUUGCGGCAAGGUUGAUGACAUGUGGCCAUAA